AUGACCACGAAGCGCCGCAACCAUGGCCGCGCCAAGCCCCCAUGCUCUCGGGGCCGCACGAGGCCGCUGCACUGCUUCAACUGCGGGCGUCUGACCCCCAAGGAUAAGGCCAUUGGCCGCUUUGUGGUGCGCAGACUGCUGGAUCAGGCCUCUGCGCGUGACGUUGCCGAAGCGUCUCCAGUGUACGGCGCGGGCUUCCCUAUGCCGAAGCUCUACAUGAAGCAGCGUUUCUGCAUUGCGUGUGCAAUUCACAAGCGUGUUGUGCGUGCUCGCCCUGUGGAAAACCGUAAGCGCCGCUACACUUCCAAGGUGGCGUUUCGCCCGCCCGCAAGCAAGUAG